UCAGUGCCCAGAAAGGAUCACAGAUUUACUGCCACCUGUCAGUGCCCAUCAAUGCCAGCUGUCAGUGCUCAUCAGUGCCACCAGCCAGUGCCCAUCAGUGCCACAUCAAUGCCACAUAUCAGUGCAUACCAGUGCACAUCAAUGCCACAUAUCAGUGCCCAUCUGAGCUGCCUUUCAGUGUCACCCAUCAGUGCCAGUCAGUGCCGCCUAUCAAUGCCAGUCAGUGCCACCUAUCAGUGCUGCCAAUCAGUGCCACUUAUCAGUUGCCCAUCAGUGCCACCUAUCAGUGCCCAUCAGUGCAGCCUCAUUAGCGCACAUCAGUGAAGGAGAAAAAUCACUUAUUUACAAAAUGUUAUAA